CUUCGGCGGCAGCAGCAGCAGCAGCAGCAGCAGCAGCAGCAGCAGCAGCAGCAGCAGCAGCAGCAGCAGCAGCAGCAGCAGCAGCAGCAGCAGCAGCAGCAGCAGCAGCAGCAGCAGCAGCAGCAGUUUGCCGCACUGGCUGCCACCGCCGCAGCACCACGCACGCCCCACCGCCGCUUUGGCCGCACUCACCCGCACGCCAGGAACACCCCAGCCGCCCGUCCCGGCGGCCCGCCGUGCCGCACCCAUCCGCCGGCCCGCUGA